AUGACUGUUGAGUUGUACCUAGUUUGUUUGGUUGCAGUGAAUUUGCCUCUCUUUGCUCUCCCCAUAACAAAUUUGCCUUUUUUCUCUCUCUCUCUUUCAGUAAAGAAUUUGCCUCUCUUUUGCUCUCCCCAUAACAAAUUUGCCUCUUUUUUCUCUCUCUCUCUUUCAGUAAAGAAUUUGCCUCUCUUUUGCUCUCCCCAUAACAAAUUUGCCUCUUUUUUCUCUCUAUCUCUUUCAGUAAAGAAUUUGCCUCUCUUUUGCUCUCCCCAUAACAAAUUUGCCUCUUUUUUCUCUCUCUCUCUUUCAAAUUUGCCUCUCUUUUGCUCUCCCCAUAACAAAUUUGCCUCUUUUUUCUCUCUCUCUCUUUCAGUAAAGAAUUUGCCUCUCUUUUGCUCUCCCCAUAACAAAUUUGCCUCUUUUUUCUCUCUCUCUCUUUCAGUAAAGAAUUUGCCUCUCUUUUGCUCUCCCCAUAACAAAUUUGCCUCUUUUUUCUCUCUCUCUCUUUCAGUAAAGAAUUUGCCUCUCUUUUUGCUCUCCCCAUAA